AUGGUGGUGGAGGGCUUCAUUCCAGAGGACUGUACAGAUUUUGCCAUAAACUUGGGAACAGAUGAGGAGAAUUUUGUGCUACACUUUAAUCCUCGAUUUGACCUUAACGGAGUCAAGCACAAGUUAAUCUUGAACUCGAAGGUGAACAAUGUUGGAGAAGAGCAGAGGGAAAGUUUCUUCCCCUUCAUGGAGGGAUCAGACAUCAUGGUUUGCUUCCAGUUUGCGCUAGACAAGAUCACCAUACAGUUACCUACCGGAAAUCCUUUCUCAUUUCCAGACUGA